AGAGCUAAAAACCCUAAAUCCUCAAUUCAUCAAAGUUUCGUUCUUUAUCUUUUUCGCCAAAUUGGUUCCAAACCCAGAGCAAUUAGUGUUGAUUCGGCUCGUACGUACCAAUCAGGACCUGCUUCAAGCCCAAGCUUAUCGAUAUGGAGACGGAAGAAAGAAAUGAGCAAAGAAGGUUUAAUCGCUGCCAAAGAGCUCAAGCGACUCCAAACCCAAUUAGUCCGACUUGAUCAAUUCAUCUCUUCUCAUGUCUCUCGUCUCCUUAAAUCUGAUCUUGUUUCUGUUCUUGCUGAGUUUCAGAGACAAAACCAAGUUUUCCUCUGUAUGAAGCUCUAUGAAGUUGUGAGAAGAGAAAUAUGGUAUAGACCGGAUAUGUUUUUUUACAGAGACAUGCUAAUGAUGCUUGCAAGAAACAAGAAAGUGGAUGAAACCAAGAAAGUAUGGGAAGAUUUAAAGAAAGAAGGAGUUUUGUUUGAUCAACAUACAUUUGGAGACCUUGUUCGAGCGUUUUUGGAUAACGAACUUCCGUUAGAAGCAAUGAGAUUGUAUGGAGAGAUGAGAGAUUCUCCUGACCCGCCUUUGUCUCUACCUUUUCGAGUUAUUCUGAAAGGACUUGUUCCUUAUCCUGAGUUGAGAGAGAAAGUGAAAGAUGAUUUCUUGGAGCUUUUCCCUGGAAUGAUUGUGUAUGAUCCUCCCGAGGAUUUGUGCGAAGAAAGUGAUGAAGAUGCGAGAACAGAUAGUGAUCUUGAGUAGAGAGGUAGUUUUGUUUAUGAGAUACUGAUUUCUUGAAUCGUUUCUUGGUUUAGUUUACACUCGAGAUCUAAGUGAUUGAAAUAUCUUCUUGAGGUCUACCCGAUUUAUCUUCUUGAUUGUACUCUUCUAUCUUCUUGAUUGAAAUGAAUCGUCUUUGGAUAUAGAACAAAUUAUGGCUGUUGAU